AUGGUGACUGACCACUUCAACCUUCCCGUUGACGCAACACUGCACAACUGGAGGCAGGUUCGAGGCAGCCUACAGGGCACAGAGAAGAAGGCUGAAGAGGCAAUGGAGUGGGUGACCAUCCAUUUGCGUAAUAGCCACGACCAGCUCUACAAGCUGGCAGCCGUUGGCCUGCUCCUCCCUACAUCUACAGCUGACUGCGAGAGGGGAUUCAGCACGAUGAAAAGGAUAAAGACGGAGAAUCGUGCUCGCAUGAAGUCUGCUGUCCUCAAUGCACUGAUGACGGUCAGCAUUGAAGGGCCAGACAUUGAGGCAGUAGACUUCGGGAAAAUGGUGGAUGCCUGGCACCAGGAGAAGCCUCGCAGAACAGUGUUUUGAACAUGUAAUA